GGGCGGCGGCCAGGCUGGGCCUCUGCCGCGCUCCUCCGCGGGCCUCGCGGCCUCCGCGGACAGGGAGGAGGUGCUCUCCGUUCAGCGGCGCGGGGCGCGGCUGGGGGCGGAGAAGGCGGAUAGGAGCGAGUGCCGGGCCGCGCUGAUCCUCCGGGCCGCGGCUCCGCCAAUCUGCAGGCACUGACGCGGGGGGGCGGCUCCGCGGCGCGGGGAUAUCUGCGGGCCCGGCGCGGAGCGAGAGAGCUCGGCCGAGCGGGCGCCGCGCUAGGGGACGUCGCUGCACCUGCCCAGCCCCUCCGGCCCAAGCGCCCUGCCGCCAACCUGAGACCAACUCCGCACCAAGGAGCCCGGGAGGAACGCGUAUGGACCGGAGCGCCUCGCCUCAGCCGGGAUGAACAGCAGCGUGGGGUUCCCUAGCGCCCGGUGAAGUGGCUGCGACCCCGAAGAGCCGCGCCUCGCCCAGCUACGCCUCCCACCCCACGACCCUCCAGGCCCGUGGAUAAGGGCGAUCAGUGGUUCCCGAGAGACCAAGCAGGACCGGCCCGAGAUGGCCCGGAGAGCCGGCGCCGUGGCGACGAGCGCCCUCCGCGUUGUCCACGCCAGGGAACAGCCCUGGAGCUGGUAGCUACUCUAGCCGGAUGGACCUUGACCCGCGAGGCAGCGCCACUUUCGUGCACAGCCGCGGCUGAGGCGCGGGAGAGCAGCGCGCUGGCGGACGGCGCCGGGUCCCCAGCCCCGUGGCGCCGGCCAUGAAGAUGAUCCUGGUGCGCCGGUUCCGCGUGCUCAUCCUCAUGGUGUUCCUGCUGGCCUGCGCGCUGCACAUCGCGCUGGACCUGCUGCCCCGGCUGGAACGGCGCGCGGCGCGGCUUCCCGGGGAUCCAGGGUGCUCCUGUGCGCAGCCCGCGGAGGCGAAGGCGCCCGGUUGGGCCCAGCCGCGGGGCCGCCCUGGGGAGCCCCCGGCCGCCGCCUCAGCCGCGGGCGACGCGGGCUGGCCCAACAAGCACACGCUGCGCAUCCUCCAGGACUUCAGCUCCGACCCCGCCUCCAACCUCACGUCCCACUCGUUGGAGAAGCUGCCGCCUGCGGCCGAGCCAGCCGAACACGCCCCGCGGGGUCGGCAGCCUGGCGCUCCACGACCGCGCGACCCCGCGCACCGUCCGCUGCUGCGCGACCCUGGGCAUCGGCGACCGGCACCGCCCCCAGGGCCGAGUGGGGACAGCGCGCUCCUGGCCAAGCUAUUCGCGCACCCGCUAUAUAGCGGGACCAUCCCGCCGCUGACAGAGGACGAUGUCCUGUUUAAUGUCAACAGCGACAUCAGGUUUAACCCGAAGGUGGCGGAGAACCCUGACUGGCCUCAUGAAGGUGCUGAAGGUGGAGAAUUCUUGCCCACUGGGGAGGUCACAGUGGACUCCUACCCCAACUGGCUCAAGUUCCAUAUUGGCAUUAACCGAUAUGAGCUGUACUCCAGGCGCAACCCAGCAAUCGACGCACUGCUGCAGGACCUGGGCACACAGAAGAUCACCAGCGUGGCCAUGAAGUCGGGGGGCACGCAGCUCAAGCUCGUCAUGACGUUCCAGAAUUACGGGCAAGCGCUGUUCAAGCCCAUGAAGCAAACGAGGGAACAGGAGACACCCCCUGACUUCUUUUACUUCUCUGACUACGAGAGGCACAAUGCAGAGAUUGCCGCCUUCCACCUGGACAGGAUCCUUGACUUCCGCCGAGUCCCACCAGUGGCUGGCAGGAUGGUCAACAUGACCAAGGAGAUCCGGGAUGUGACUCGGGACAAGAAGCUGUGGAGAACCUUCUUCAUCUCUCCAGCCAACAACAUCUGCUUCUACGGGGAGUGUUCUUACUACUGCUCCACGGAACACGCGCUGUGCGGGAAACCUGACCAGAUAGAGGGCUCACUGGCGGCCUUCCUGCCGGACCUGUCGCUGGCCAAAAGGAAGACCUGGCGAAACCCCUGGCGGCGCUCCUACCACAAGCGCAAGAAAGCCGAGUGGGAAGUGGACCCCGAUUACUGUGAGGAGGUGAAGCAGACACCACCUUAUGACAGUGGCCACCGAGUCCUGGAUAUCAUGGACAUGACGAUCUUUGACUUUCUCAUGGGAAACAUGGAUCGCCAUCACUACGAGACCUUCGAGAAGUUCGGGAAUGACACGUUCAUCAUCCACUUGGACAACGGGAGAGGGUUUGGAAAAUAUUCACACGACGAGCUUUCCAUCCUGGUGCCUUUACAGCAGUGCUGCAGGAUCAGGAAGUCCACCUACCUGCGGCUGCAGCUGUUGGCCAGGGAGGAGUACAAGCUGAGCCUGCUGAUGGCUGAGUCCCUGCAGCGGGACCGGGUGGCGCCUGUGCUAUACCAGCUGCACCUGGAGGCUCUGGACCGACGGCUUCGUAUUGUGCUGCAGGCCGUGCAUGCCUGCAUUGAGAAAGAUGGGCUGGGCAACGUAGUGGAGGAUGACCUGGACACUGAGCACAGAGCCGCCACUGAGAGGUAGUGACCCGCUGCCCGUGAGCGGGGAGACGCAGCCACGCGAGCUACCGGUGAAUUCAGUGAAUUCAGAGACAGGAGGGUCACACCCACAUGGCUACUGACAACCCUUCCAUGUGGCCCCGCCAAGAUGCGUUUCUUAAGUCUUCGAGACAAGAGAGGCUGGGAGGAAGCACUGCGUGUGCUCCCGGACAGAACAACCCAUCCUUCCACAGGGCAAGGAGGCCUCUGCUGAGCUCUGGUUGGGAUUUAUGUGAGGCUCACAUGUGCACAAAUAGGCAACUGCACGGAGCAGGCCCGCCUCACCGUCCUGUGGCUCCUGCCCAGCGGGGUCACCGUGACACUGAAUGCGUUUUCAUGCUCUGGACCUCAUUCAAAAUGAAAACUCCUUUCUCCCCGCUCCAGGGCCUCAGCACUUUGAGGUGAGAGAGGCCUGUCUGGGACAGAGGCUGUAGACAGACGGCACAGCCUGUGCUUGGACAGAAGGGCCCAAGUGAGCUCUGUGAAGCAGAAACAGCCCAGCAAAGACUGGGCCUUCCUGUGGUGGCAGUGCCACUCAUCGUGGCUUUGCUUUGGACUGUUGGCAUAAACCCAUCACGUGGGGUCGGCGGGCACUGAGCAGUAGGGUACCUUCACAGCAUUUUUGUGAUAGUUUGCAAUGUGGUAAAAGUGCAAUAAAGAUAUGGCAAGCGUG